AUGUCCACGGAAGUCUUGCCUGCGUUCAGCAAGAGCUCAUGUCUGUCUCUAAGACUGAGGAAUUCCGAUGAAGAAAUGCAGCAACGGGGGAGUGCCCACGAGGAAAUUUUGGCGCUUCAGCUCUUGAAACAACCUGUCGCAGGCGGCAGUACCGCCAAAGGCGAAAGUAGUAGCAGAUCGAACAGCUCUUGCCGAGCAGCAGUAACAGAAGAAGCUGUGGCAGCAAUGACCAGAACAGUCGCCACAGAACAGUCGCCACUGCAGCAGCAGUCAGGAUCGACAAUCGAACGGAAUCCUUCCGUCAUCAGCAGCAAUAGCAGCAGCAGAUACGACAAUACGAAGAGCAGUCAAAAUAUUAGCCGCAGCGAAGACAGCAGCGUAGGCGCAAGAAAUGAUACCAGCAAAGCAAUAGCAGAAGCAACAAGAGCAACGGCAUUAGUAAUUGCAGCGCCAUCACUGUCAAAAGCAACAAACGUCGACACAGACCGAUUUGAUGAAGUCGAGUCUCAAGGCUCGAUGAAAUCGAGCCUUAAGACUCGACUUCAUCAAAUCUAUCUGUGA